AGACCGCGCAGGCCAGGCCCGAGCGCACCGCCUGGCGGCCUCUCUGCGGCCAUGGGGGCGUCGGCGCGGCUGCUGCGCGCUGCGAUCAUGGGGGCCCCCGGCUCGGGCAAGGGCACUGUAUCGUCGCGCAUCAUUAAGCACUUCGAGCUGAAGCACCUCUCCAGCGGGGACCUGCUCCGGGACAACAUGCUGCGCGGCACAGAAAUUGGUGUGUUAGCCAAGACUUUCAUUGACCAGGGGAAGCUCAUCCCAGACGACGUCAUGACGCGGCUGGUCCUUCAUGAGCUGAAGCAUCUCACCCAGUAUAGCUGGCUGCUGGAUGGUUUUCCAAGGACAGUCCCGCAGGCUGAAGCCCUGGAUAAAGUUUAUCAGAUAGACACGGUGAUUAACCUGAACGUGCCCUUUGAGGUCAUUAAGCAACGCCUCACUGCUCGCUGGAUUCACCCAGCCAGUGGUCGAGUCUACAACAUCGACUUCAACCCUCCCAAGAGUGUGGGCAUUGACGACCUGACCGGGGAACCCCUCGUCCAGCGCGAGGACGACAGGCCGGAGACAGUCAUCAAGAGGCUGAAGGCAUACGAAGCGCAGACGGAGCCGGUCCUGGAUUAUUACCAGAAAAAGGGGGUGUUGGAGACAUUCUCUGGAACAGAAACCAACAAGAUAUGGCCCCACGUAUAUGCUUUCCUGCAAACAAAAGUUCCACAGAUAAACCACACAGCCUCAGUUUCUCCGUGAGGAAAAGUGCCAGGCAUCAGUGAGGCGAGCACAAGCUCCUCGUCCUGAGACGCCUGCACCUACGAGUUCUCUGAAAAUGAUAGUUUCAUUUCUGCUGAUUUUGUUCUAGAUGUACCAAAUGAGGUGGAUGCUAAGAUUUGUCUUCUGCAGUCGUCUAGUGUUUUCCUCAGUUAUCUGUUGUGGGUGUGCAAUUCUAAAACAUCAGUGAUGUCUUAAAUGUUUUUUUAAAUCAAAAUGCAAAGAGUGAUUCGUAGUAAUCUGACUGUUGUUCAGUAAGUGGUUGAUAAAGGUUUCCAUAUUUUUCUGGAAAAGUAAAAAAAAAAAGACUAAUUUGGGGAAAGUACCUCAUCAGAGGCGUAUGUAUGGACUGACGCCAAGACAAGACAUUUCUAGCACUGUGGGACUCCGUUUUGUGACUCUCUCAAAUUCCAGAGGAAAACAACUGGAUUUACAGGUCAGUUGCAGAAUGCAAAUUCACCGCUGCCUUUGAACUGAGAAACUUCCAAGCCGGCCAUAUAUUCUCUAUUUAUCUUGUCGUUAAACAUACCUUCCUUUUAUUCGGAAACCCUGGUAGCGUAGCGGUUAAGACCUACAGCUGCUAACCAAAAGGCUGGCAGUUCGAAUCCACCAGGCGCUCCUUGAAAACCCUAUGGGGGCAGUUCUACUCUCUCCAAUAGGGUCACUGUGAGUCGGAAUUGACUCAACGGCAAUGGGUUUGGUUUUUUCAGAAUUUCCAAUUUGCUAUACAAAUGUAUCAGAGCAUUUAGGGCAAUAUUGCUUUAGGGAGUGGUUUUCUUUUGAGAAAUAACUGUGUUCUGAGAGAUCUAUUUAGAAUGUGACAUUGUAAGUUCCUGGAUAAGCACUAAACUUGAAGGAAUUUUCUUCAGUGGAAAGUGUCAAGUCUUUCCUGUUUUCAGAUAUGACUCAGGUUAAGAAACGUGUGCUUUAGGCUGUACCGGCCAGCUUGUGAUGGAAACGUAUAAUACGCUGUGAUGUUAAACAUGUACCAAAAAAAAAGAAUAAAGAAAACCCGUGGUGCCACGUCAAAUAAGCAUACUUGGUCUUUAGGAAACAGAAAUAGGUCAGGCCUGCCUGGGGCAACUCCCGUGACAUCGGUACCAAUCGUAGGAGUAAACUGGUGGAGCAGUACAACAGUUUUACCUGCCGUUUAAAAAAAAACCAGGAAGGUAGUUUAGUUACCUGAAGAGGGGCUUCUUUAUUGCUGAUCAAAGAAGUUGAUACCUGCUAGCGUUCACUGCCGUCCUAUCUUAGGAUUCUGAAAGAACUAUGCCAGGCGAGUGUGACCUGAGCCGCCAUUUUUUAGUCAUUAUUUUAGAUUCCUUAGUGGGACAACAAGGACACAUGAUUCUGUACUGUGUCCUGGUAGGAGUGGGGUGACACGAGGUGGAGGAGAAACACCACUGUAUCUUCCGUGGCAUGUUUAGUCUUACUUUAAAAAAACCCCGCUGCUCUUGUGUCUGACUGACAGUAGGAGAAAGCAGAACUGCCCCAUAGGGUUUCUUCCCAGGCUUUAAAUCUUCCCGGAAGUAAACUGCCACAUUUUUGUCCUGCAAAGCAGCUGGUGGAUUGGUCUGAACCGCUCACCGUUCAGUUAGCAGGCGAGCGCUUAACCACUGCACCACCAGGGCUCCUACUCUUACUUUACUUGGUGCCAAAUGAAAUCAAACAAGUCCCUCCGUGAGCUAUUUGAAAAUUUGGCCCAUUUUACUCCAGUCUCUUAAUACACAAAUGCCAGCAAGUGGUUCUUGUAUUUUAGGGGAAAAACUUAUUUUUCCUUCUUUUAUUUUUCAUUCAUUGUUGGUCUUUCAAAAUGGCCCAAGGCUUUUUCAAAAGGAUUAUAGUAAAUGUUUCAUUCUUUACACAACUUUCUAUAAUGCCUUAUUUGAUUAUGUACUUUCCAAAAAUGUUUUGAACUAUUGAACUUAUGGAUUACCACUGGGUUUUAAAAUGCCUUAUUUGAAUACUAUGUACUUUCCAAAAAUUGUUUUGAACCACUGAACUUACGGAUUACCACUGGGUUUUAAAAUGCCUUAUUUGAAUACUGUGUACUUUCCAAAAAUUGUUUUGAACCACUGAAUUUAUGGAUUACCACUGGGUUUUAAAAUGCCUUAUUUGAAUACUAUGUACUUUCCAAAAAUUGUUUUGAACCACUGAACUUACAGAUUACCACUGGGUUUUACGCCACGUAUUCAUCUUUAUUGUAAUAAAAUUGCAUUUCAGAGCUGGG